AUGAUACCCAACGUGUGGAUGCCCAACGUGAUGCCCAGGGUGUUUGAGAUCGUGGAGCGGGUGGAGGAGAUGCGGAAGAAGUGGCCGGUGGCCUGGGGCAAGCUGGACGAGGGCAGCAUCGGGGUGGUGUCCCCCUACGCCGACCAGGUGUUCCGCAUCCGCGCCGAGCUGCGCAAGAAGAGGAUGCCCGAAGUGAGCGUGGAGCGGGUGCUCAACGUGCAGGGUAAGCAAUUCCGGGUGCUCUUCCUGAGCACGGUGCGCACCCGCCACACCUGCAAGCACAAGCAGACCGCCAUCAAGAGGAAGGAGCAGCUGGUGGAGGACUCCACGGAGGACCUGGACUACGGCUUCCUGUCCAACUACAAGCUGCUCAACACGGCCAUCACCCGCGCCCAGUCCCUGGUGGCCGUGGUGGGGGACCCCAUCGCCCUCUGCUCCGUGGGCCGCUGCAGGUAAUGCCUCCGGCGCUCCCCGAAAAACCCCCCCACACACAGCCGGCCUGUUUUAGCCUCCCUCAUCUGCACCCACUGGCCCCACCAAACUUUUUAAUGUCAGUUAGAUGGACUUCUAAUCGCCAUCGGUCAUGGAGGUCCAUAUCGCAUUAGUUGGCAGGGAGGAGAUGAAAGUUUUCUCAAUCAAUCAA